AAUCGCUUGGUGUUGAAAAGAGCCGAACAGAGCCCAUUGUGGUGUUGGACAGUAGUGAGCCGCUGCUGCUGGAGAAGAAAGAGGAGAUUCUGUGGCGACAAAGGAACUGCUGAUACGUACGCACAUAUGGACGUAAACGUACGGCCCGAGCCUGCUGAUUGCCAUGAAGACAAGCGCGGAGUCCAGGCGGAAAGACCCGGUAUUUGAAGAGUUAAGACUCGACAUCACAACUGUUUAUUUCAGCAGCUAGCAGGCUAGCUGGCUACACACCUUGGAGCUACACAUCGGAAGCCCGUGUGAGUUUGCUUGAUAGAGCUUUUCGUCGAGCUCAAAAGAAGCUCUGUUUGGAUGGUGUCGGCAGACAUUUAAGCCCCUCGCGUCUCAAGUAGCAGCAACUUUGAAGAAUGGUCCAACCCGAGCGCUAAGCAUUUCUCUACUACCACCGAAGAGGAGCGAAAGUCCAGGACUGGUGGCUGACGGUUUUGGGGAAAGGGAAAAGGAGGAAAUGACUCACUUGACUCACAAAAGUGGCACGGGGCAGCAGUGCCAGCCUCGCCUCUGCCUCCGACUUAAGUGAAGCGCUGCACCAUGGCGGAGAGGCACUGAGGCUCUGACCAUCAUCUCCGUCUCCCUCAGACCCCCGCCCCAGCCCUGUCCCCAACAUGCUGCGCUUCCUGCCUCUCAAACUAGGCCGCCUGUACCGCUGUCUAAAGCUCCUCCUGGUGGUGGGAUUAUUUGUGGUCCUGCUGAUGAACACUCACAACCUGUUUGCCUCAUUCCAGAAGAACGAGCUGACUGACAGACGCUUCAUCAACCUGAACAAGUGUCCUGCCUGCUUUGGCACCAGCUGGUGUCGCAAGUUCAUGAACGGACAGGUGUCUUUUGAGACCUGGGGCCGGCUGCGAUUCCUUGAUGUUUUCAAUGUCAAAAAUGUUUACUUUGCUCAGUAUGGGGAACCAAGGGAGGGCACGCGACGUGUCGUGCUCAAGAGACUGGGCUCCAACCAGGAGCUGGCAGAGAUAGACCAGAAAAUCUGUAAGAGAGCCACGGGCAGGCCCAGAUGUGACCUCAUCCAGGCCAUGUACAAGACAGAGUUUGCCCGGAUAAACGGAGAUGUUCGACUGCUCACACCAGAGGUAGUGGAGGGCUGGUCAGAUCUGGUGCACUGUCCUUCUCAAAGACUAUUGGACCGUGUGGUCCGCAGGUACGCUGAGACCAAAGACUCAGGCAGUUUCCUGCUCAAGAACCUCAAAGAUACCGAGAGGAUGCAGCUGCUCAUGACGCUGGCAUUCAACCCAGAACCACUUGUUCUCCAGAGCUUUCCUUCAGAUGAAGGCUGGCCCUUUGCCAAAUACCUGGGAGCAUGUGGACGUGUGGUGGCUGUAAACUACGUGGGUGAGGAGCUGUGGAGCUUCUACAACGCUCCGUGGGACAAGAGGGUGGAUCUGGCCCGUCAGCUGAUGGACAUCGCUGAGCAGUUAACCAACAAUGACUUUGAGUUCGCCCUCUACCUGCUCGAUGUCAGCUUCGAUAACUUUGCGGUUGGCCCGAGGGACGGAAAGGUCAUCGUUGUCGAUGCAGAGAAUGUCCUGGUGGCAGACAAGAGGCUGAUCAAGCAAAAUAAGCCAGAGAGCUAUGAUGUAUGGUAUGAGAGCCGCUUCGAGGAGUGUGACCGGGAGGCCUGCCUGUCCUUCUCCAAAGAUGCGCUCUGCUCCAGGGUCACAGUCGACCAUAACUACUAUGCCAUAUGUCAGAACCUGUUGUCCCGGUACGCUACGUGGCGUGGCACCACCGGGGGACUUCUCCAUGACCCUCCUGCCCACAUAGCCAAAGAUGGACAGCUAGAAGCCCUGUUGGACGAAUGCACCAAACCCAAAAAGCGAUAUGGUCGCUACCAAGCGGCUAAAGAACUGCGCGAGUACCUCACACAGUUAGCUGCUGCUUCUGCCUCAGCUACAGCUAGGUAAUACAUGGAGUCGGCGUUAGCCUGAAUCGCCAAGAGACUGGAAACUCCAAGCUCUGAGAUCCUGGUUCUCGUUCAUGAUGUCACUGCUGCCCUUUGCACUGGAAGUGUUUGCGGUCUUGCAUCAGGAAGUGUCUGGAUCAAAUGUUGGUUAAAGCUUUGUUUGACUUGCUCCUGUGUGACAGUGGAAUAGAUUCACAGUUAGCAGCAGAACAGAGGUUACAGGUAAACCUCUCUUCAUGAGGUGGGCCUGCCACUGUCAAAGGGAGGGGGAAGGUUCAGCUAAAUGCAUUCAUCAUUGGACCAUGCAAAGAGUCCAAACCACAGCUGCAGUCCUCCAGAACAGUUGUUAAUAAGUCACCCAUAACACUUGUUUGAGUUCACGCCCAGGAUGUGUUCUUUUUACUUAGUUCAUAUUAAGUUUGAAGUUAAGUAGAUCGGUAUGUUUACAUUUUCCUGCUCUGGCUUUUCCUCUGUGUAGCAUGGCCAUGGGGAAGACGGAGGUAGCAUGAAUCUCCCGCUGACAGGCUGGGCAGCGGCAGGUAGAGCCAGGCAGGGGGCUGUGCAUUUGGCUUUCAUGCAGGGGAAAGAAAGCCCUCGACAGCUGUAUAGGCCCCAUUUUGUGCUCCUCUAAUCAAUCACUCGAUUUCCUGGUUCCAGGAUCAUGGCAAUCAUCUUUUUAUGUUUUUUCCCCCCUUUUAAUAGGAACCAGAGAGGGUGAGACUAAGGAUUAGGAGGGACAUAAUUGGGCUGUGGCAGUCCCCUGAUGCAGAUGUCCAUACCAAAGAGGCUGUAUGUUAUAUUAAGAACCGUGAGCAGUACAGAGUCACCGCACCUUUCCCUCCAGUUGAUCCCCUGUUCAGCUAUUUCAAAGGACACAAGGCGUGGGUUUGAAGGCCCAUAAAGUGAUGCACAUUUUCUAACAAACAAAAAGGAAAGCAGGGUGAACUAAUUGGUUUAUCAGGGCAAAGGGAAAACACCAUAAUUCCAUACUAACGGUCUCAAGUGCCAUUUAAAGUGUCUAUAAUUGAUAAACAAAACCUACACAGUUAAUGCAGUAAGAUUUAUCAAGUAAAUGUUCAAAAAGGGAAAAGCAAUUCCUAAAUGCUUCACAGCUCCAUGAUGAGCGCCUGACCUACACUACAUUUCGCAGUCCAGAAAUUUCUUUUGCAUAUUUUAACACUUCACUUAGGAGUUUGAGCUUGAUUUGCUUAACCAGUGGACCAAUAAAUUGAAGUAUAAUCGGAAAUGCACUCUUGUUUAGCAAACAGAAAUGAGAGAUGUUGUUCAAAUAAUAGCAUUUGAUUCAGUAUGUGGUGGAUGUCAGCUGCUUGGAGGUGGGCAAUUCAAAUGGCCAGAGUUAAGAGUUAUGUAGUUCAUUGUACACCCACACUGCUAAUUAUCACUAAAAUUCAAGUGUUUCAGUCUGUGGGGAAAGUUGCUCCAUGUGUGCUUUUUAGAGGUGACCCUUUGUCAGUGUGGAAAAGCAAUAAAGAAAAGUGUUUGGAUUUCUGUGUUUCAUCUUACAUUCAUGAGCCCAAAACAACAGUUCAACCUGGAGGGAUUUGUAAGUGCGUGAACUAACUGUCCACUUUUGUACUGUAACUUUUCUUUGGAGUAUUCUAUCAGCAUUGUCUGAUUUUUCCUGUGCCUUUCAUUCAAGAGUUGUAUUUGCAACUUCUAGUGAGUUUAAAUCUUAAAAUAAAUGAAGAGAUAUAUAUAGAUAAUAUAAAA